AUGCCCCUUGUCUUGCCUGAAAAGGGUGAAACAGCCACUGGAGUUGAUGCCAUUUGUACCUACCAUCCUGACCCUGCAGGCCCCAUGCUGGAUAGGGAGCAGCUCUACUGGGAGCUGAGCCACCAGACCCAUGGUGUCACCUGGCUUGAUCCCUACAUCCUAGAUAGGGAUCAUCUCUAUGUCAAUGUCUCUGUCCUUGCCCUGGUGCCAUUCACCCUUAACUUCACCAUAACAAACCUGCACUACAUGAAAGACAUGCAACAUCCGAGCUCAGUAAAGUUCAACAAAAUAGAAAAGAUCCUGCAGCACCUGCUCAGACCCUUGUUUAAGAACACCAGUAUCAGCCUCCUCUAUUCCAGCUGUAGACUCACCUUGCUCAGGCCGGAAAGAGAUGGAGCAGCCACCAGUGUGGACACAGUUUGCAACUACCGUCCUGACCCUGCAGGUCCCAGGCUGGACAGAAAGCAGCUGUACAGGGAGCUGAGCCAGCUGACCCAAGGUGUCACCAAGUUGGGUCCCUACACCCUGGACCAGGGCAGUCUCUAUGUCAAUGGUUACACACACCAGACUUCAGAAACCACCCCCCAUGCCACAGGACCACCCCUGGUGCCUUUUACCCUCAACUUCACCAUCACUAACCUGCACUACACAGAUGACAUGUGGCCUCCAGGCUCCUUGAAAUUCAAUACCACCGAGAAGUCCCUGCAGCCCCUGCUCAAGGCCUUGUUCAAGAAUACUAGUGUGGGCACCCUCUACUCAGGCUGCAGGCUGACCCGCCUCAGGCCCAAGAAGAAAGGGACAGCCACUGGAGUGGACAUUGUCUGCACACACCGCCCUGACCCUGUGGUCCCCGGACUGGACAGGGAGCGGUUGUACUGGGAGCUGAGCCUGCUGACAGGUGGUUUCACCCACUUGGACCUCUACAUCCUAGACCAGGACAGUUUUUACGUCAACGGUGAGGGAGGGUCAUCUUUUUUGCAUCUCAGCUUGUUUUAA